UAUAAACAUUAAUAAAAUUCAUUUAAUAAAAUUUUGUUUUUAAGCAUCUAAUUGUUUAGUAUUAGUUAUCAAUUCUUGGCUAUAAAUUAUUUUGUGUGAAAUAAUUCUUCUAAUUGCUUUUUCAUGAUUAAUUUAUUUGGAAUUGAGGAUUUCCAUUUUCGUCAUGUAUUUUAUUAAAACCGGCACAACCGGCAUGAAUACUGGUUGUACCACGGUCAGACCAUUCACUAACAAAACCGGCACACCGGCAUAAACCGGUUUGACAACCUUGAUCUGAAUCAAACGGAGCAGCUCAUCACCUGCAAGUGGGAGCACCAAUAUCAAUUCGUAGGACCACGUAACCUCUUGCCCAACCACAAACUUCUCCGAUCCAUUCUCACAAUUCAAUUCCUUCCACGACUUCUCUUUCUCGCCACCCAUAUUUUCCCACCCUUUCCAUCCAAAUUGCCAAACACCAUUUUCAAGCAACCACUCCACCACCAGCUUCCUUCUCUUCCUUCCCAUGUCUAGCUUACAACACCACAAGUUCCUCUCAAGGUCCUCCCCCGGCCAUGGCUUCCACCACCACCGUGUAAUUCCGAUUCGAUAUGCCACCUCCAUCACCACAAUCACCUGCACCUUGAUCAAGGACAAUCCCAACUCCAACCAGUUAGUCUCCCAACCACAGUGUGUCAGCAGAGCUCCACCGGUAAUCCCUCUCACCGCCAACGACCCCGGUUUGAAGUCGACAUGGUCCCACCGUGGAUGGGUUGCAACAGGAUGUGCCACCGUGCUCUUCUCCCUCGCCAAGGCUGCCGUCGGUGCAGCCAGCGUGCACAUUUGGCUCGAGCCGGUGCUCGCAGGGUACAUGGGUUACAUCCUGGCUGAUCUCGGCUCAGGAGUGUACCAUUGGGGCAUUGACAACUAUGGCGAUGCAUUGACGCCCGGGUUCGGUUCUCAAAUCGAAGCAUUUCAAGGUCACCACAAGUGGCCAUGGACGAUUACCAGGCGCGAAUUCGCCAACAACCUGCACUCCCUGGCUCGUGUCGUGGCGUUCUCGGUGCUUCCAGUGGAGCUGGUGUGCAGUGACCCUGUUGUGCUUGGCUUUGUGGGGAUGUUCUCCGGGUGCAUUAUGUUCAGCCAGCAGUUUCACGCUUGGGCUCAUAGUACGAAAAGCAAGCUGCCGGCAGCGGUGGUGGCAUUGCAGGAUGCUGGAGUUCUAGUGUCGAGGGGGCAGCACGCUGAUCACCACCGGCCGCCAUACAACAACAACUACUGCAUAGUGAGUGGGAUAUGGAAUGACUUGCUGGACAGGAAUAAGGUGUUCGAGGUGUUGGAGAUGGUGGUUUACUUCAAGCUAGGGGUAAAACCUAGGUCCUGGAGUGACCCCAACUCUGCCUGGACAGGAGACGAGGAUGCCGAGAUCACAAUCUGAAGUUGAAUUGCUCUUUCUGGUAGUUGCAUAGCUAUACUGAAUUACUAUAGUCUACAUUGUA